ACACGGCGCUCCUGACUGGUUCAGAUGUGGUUGGGGGAGAACAAGCGGUUCUGGACGCGUUUUCGCGUGCCCGUGACGUUUGGAAAAAUUACGGACGAGUGGGUGGGUGAUGUGGCACACGCCACGAAGGGCGCGGGCAGAUGGCGCGGACCGGCACAUUUGUCGGCUUGCUGUUUGGCGAGAUUGAACGACAUGUGAAACCGCGCGUGCGAGGAGCGAUUCUGUCGGCUUGCAAUUUGACGAAAAUUGAAUGGAUGGUGUGAAACCCUUUCGCAGGAGGCGUUCGGGUUUUGGGAGCAACACACCAAUUGCUCAAGGAAGUGCCAAGCGGCUGCCGUGCCGUGGCUUUCUUCACCGGCAAAGCUGUCGGCUUGCAGUUUCUCACGUGAUUGAAUGGUUGGUUGGUGAAAAAUGUUUUUCCACCAGGAGCUGCCCUGGCGACGGGAGACGAGGGGAGGUGAGGCUGGGCGAGGUGAGGUGCCAGUUUCCUCCGCCCCGUAGGUCAGCCGGCACCCUGGUUCAUGCCGUCACGUUUCACUCAACCUGAAAAUACUCGUUAUUGAUUGACUCUGCGGAUGUUGCACAACUC